AUGAAGACUAAUAUAUUCUACGUGAUCUCUAUUUUGAGUUUCAUCCCUGAGGCCGCACCCCAGAGAGACAGGCGCUUGCCACCCGUAGGUGCCACUAUUGACCAACUCAUCGCGAGCUCCAUGGGAGGGAUAGAAGGUUAUGUAAACAUCAGCAAUAGACUUGUAACUCCUGGUUCCAAAGUCCUAGCAGAACUAGACAUGUACCUCACUAGUGAACAAUAUAGAAUCCUAUACUCACCACAAAGAGAAAGACCCAAGAGAAAGGCCGUGAGAUCCGGAGUUCUACGAUGGCCAAAUGGGGAAGUACCUUAUGUUUUCAAACGAGGGGCAUAUAGUAAUGCAGACAGAUAUAUGAUAAGAGUAGCGAUGCGGGAAUGGGAGAAAUAUUCGUGCCUAAGAUUUAGAAAGAGACAAAACGAAUAUAACUACGUAAUCUUCCAAGACAACUUCGGGUGUAACUCUCAAUUGGGUAUGGUCGGCGGUGGGCAGCCCUUAAAUUUAGACAGGAAUGGAUGCAGAUAUAAAGGACUGUACCUCCAUGAAAUCGGUCACGCUGUUGGUUUGGUUCACGAACACCAGCGACCAAUUAGAGACCAAUUUAUUCAAAUCAAUUACAGAAAUGUACAGCCGAGUCUACGACAGUGGUUCCAGAAAUACCCCAAUCGCCAAAUCAAUAACUUCAAUAUUUCUUACGAAUUCUCUUCCGUCAUGCAUUAUGGAACUACGGCAUUUUCAUUUGAUGGACGUUCGAAAACAAUAGAAGCACAACCCCAGUAUAAAGCCCAGGAAGCGGAAAUAGGACGUGUGUAUUCUAAAGAACUCUCCUUCACAGACAUUGCAACUGUCAACAACAUGUAUUAUUGUAACAGACACUGUAGUAGGAAUACACGAUGUAGAAAUGGUGGAUUUGUGGAUCAGAACUGUCGGUGCUCGUGUCCUGAUGGAACGUCCGAUUGUGAAGUAGGCAAAGUACCACAGUUUCAGUUUUGUAGGAAUAAAGACAAAGACUGGUCAUGUAAUGUAUGGGCGAAACAAGGAGAAUGUGAAAGGAACCCCAGAUAUAUGAAACCAAACUGCGCGCGUGCGUGUGGAAUCUGCAGUGAUGCCCUCGCAGCAGACAGAGUUGUUGGGGAUCAGUGUGUCGAUGCCUACCCGGAGGGCACCUGUAAAGGUUGGAAAGCAAUUGGAGAUUGUGUAUCAAAUGAAAAAUGGAUGGCACAGAACUGUAAGAAGACGUGUGGCGUUUGUGACAAAGAUUCAGAUCCACCAGGGACUGGAUGUUCAAAUAUACAACCAGAUAGGAAAUGUGACGAUUGGGCAGUAAAAGGUGAAUGUGGUGUCAAUCCACAAUGGAUGGAACGGAACUGUCGAAAGUCAUGUCGUUUGUGUCCGGAAAUUAGUACCACCACACAUAGACCACCACCAAGAACUACACCACAAUUCAUUCCAACAAGAACUACAGUUCAACCUUUUACCACAAGUACCAUCCCACCUACCACAAUGACUUUCCUCCCACAAGCCACAAGUGAGCUCCCACCUAACACCACAAGUAUACUCCCUCCUACCACAACUUUCCUCCCACAAACCACCACAACUGUGUUCCUACCUAACACCACAAGUGGGCUUCCUCCUAUUGCCACAAAUACACUCCCACCUACAACCACAACCACCAGAGCCACUGUUACUACGACUACAAGAAGAGAACCAGUUACUACCACCAGACUGCCCAUUACAACUAGACGUUUUUAUGAAACAACUACUUUAUCAACAAGGACUACAACACAAAGAGCAGUUGUGCCAGCUGCUCCAGUUGUCUCUGUGAGGAUAGUUACAUCCGAAUCAGUAGACUUUAAGGUCACGUUUCCGCAGGACGGAUCAAGACCAACAUUUCUUAAAGUAAAGCCAUUCCAAAGAGGUCUAAAACAGAGGAGUUAUCCAAUAGAAUUUGUCAAUAAUAAGCCCCGGAGCAUAGUGGUAGAAUACUUCAAACUAAAACCUAAAACGACAUAUUCCUUCCGAUUUUUUGCCAUAAGCAGAGCUGGAACUGGACAAUCUAUAGAUAAAACAAUAAUUACAAAGACAAAAGAUAGAGAAGGUUCCUGUAGGAAUGACUAUUCCACAGCCAAGUGUCAAACGUUUGAGACGAAGUGGAAAUUCUGUAGACUCCACAGAACUUGGAUGAUGAAGCAUUGUAAGCAGACCUGUGGUCUCUGUCCUGUACAGAGGGAGGAACCCGUCAGAACAGGUGACCCGAACUGCAAGGACACCAAUAAGUAUUGCCAGACGUGGUCCCGCCACGGACACUGUGUUAGAAAUCCGUCCUACAUGCUCAAUUACUGCAAGGCAGCGUGCAGGGUCUGUACUCCAGCAGCAUAAAAAUACGCAGUCUCU